GUCCUGUGUCCUUGGAAUCCUCGCUAGACCAGAGGGCCUCCCAAAACCCUGCUUGCGGCCAUUUCAUACUUACCACUUUGGCUUGUAAAGCCGAGAUCGCGGUUUCUCACGUUCCCACAUCUCUUCCUCCGACUUCAUGGCCACCCACCAGAUCUGCCAGCGUAAAAUAUCGGCCUUCAAACCUUCGAAGCGAUCAUGGAGCCCAAUAUCUUUCAGUCACACGCCUUCUCAGUCGACGCGAAGGCCCUCACGUUCAUCCCGCUGCUCGCUCCCAUCCUGGCCAAUCCUACCUUCCGCGAAGCCUUUCUGGUAACAGACGCGGAGGACCGAACGUCAUUCGAGGACGUACCCUUCGCGAACAUCACGCUGCUGUACAGAGACCGCUUUGCCUUCGACUCGGACCUACCAGCAGAUGAAAGUGCGCUCGAGGAAAACCCUGCCAACAAGUUCAGCCUUGGCGGCGUUUCCCGCAUCACCCUACCCAGCAAGUACGGACGAUGUGCACUUGCCGUCGACAUCAUCCCUCCAUACUAUCCAUCCCUGAUCUUUCGUCUCAUCAACGUCCACCUUGACUCCCUCGGCGACACUUUUCACCAUCGCGCCGCGCAGCUGGAAAUCCUCGCCAGUCUCCUACGCGAGCCCGGGUGCAGUGGGGGCUUGAUUGCGGGCGACUUCAACGUCAUUAGCCCCCAAGCCCAUACACUCCUCGAGAGCAAUGGGCUGGUGGACGCCUGGGUCGCAUUGCAUGGGGAAGGAGGGCUUGACGGUGCGACAUGGGGAGUCAGAGUUGCACGCAGGGACAAGCUCACAGCGGGAAGAUUGGAAGAAGUGGCAAUAGUGGGCUUAAUGGCGCAGGAGAUGGAGGUCCUGCGCGCACGUCAGAUUGACGUGCCGAGGUCUGGCGCACCAUCGAAGUACAUUCCGUGCAGUGAUCACUUUGGCCUGCGAUUGACUUUCACUCUGUCCGAAUUCAAGAAAAUCCUCAAAUCUAAGCUCGGGUUUCCUGCCGUCUUAGAAGGAACGCCCAAGUUGAGGGUACACCGCGGUCUGCGUAUCUAUCCCAGAUACGCAUUUGGAUGGCUUGUGAGUCAAACCGAGCUUGCGCGCCGCGCUGUGGAGGAGACCAACCAGGAAGGUCGGGAUCCCAUCGGCUAUGGCUUGCAGCUCUUUCAGGAGGCAGGAUUUGAACGGUGUCAGUACCAGUGGCAAUGCAUCUUUCCUGAUGGCCACAUGCGUCUUCUGUUCUAUGUUGCCACCAAUGACUCGCCUGAAAGGCGGGAUAUGGCGCAGGACGAGGAGUACAUUGCACGGGCAAAGGCGGUGUUGAGGCAGACUGGAGAUGGAAAGUGGUAUCAUAUAGACACGUUCUGAGUCGGUGUUCAUAUAUUGUACGCGUGAACGUUGUACUUAUGGGCAUGGAAGCGUUCUUUUCAGCUUG